AUGUCGCAAAAUGAUACCCCCAAGAACCACUCCCCACCGAAUGAUCUCAAACAAAUCAAAGAAGUAUUAAAUACAAUACGAACGCAGAUCGACCAAUAUAUUGACUCUCAAAGACCCGCAUCAACUCUAAUCAAGCAACCCCAAUCCCAAUGGUUCCCUCAAAGCGAAGACUGGGACCAAAGAAGUUUCGAAAAAUGGAUACGCUCCCUGAUUCCAAUCCAAUCCAAACUCGAACGUAUCCGACUCAAGUUCUUUGCCAGUCUGAGCAACUCAACUACCAAUCUUCGCGUCGGUAUAGGCGGCCAGCUGGAUGAUUUUCCUCUUAGGACGUUAACACCAAGUAGACGAAAUGCCGCGCCUAUGAUCAACAUCCCCAAAAGCUGCUUAGUCCUAUGGGAACCCAGUCCAGUGCGCAAGAAGAACCAGAGAAGACAUUCGCAGGAAAAACCCUGGAUGGGCCUUGGAUGCGGCACUAUAAUGCAAGUCCACUCUCGCAAUAUCCUUCCUAAACUAACACCCAACAGCGACAUAAACCUCCAAGACACAUCCAUCCUCCCAAUGAACGUAAUAGCCUUCAUCCUCUGGCGUCUCCGACACGCCGAAGACACCGGCUACCCAUCGCACCGCGAAAAGACCUUCGCUCUCGAAUACCUACUAUCCUUCGCCUCACGCUGGAACGCUCUCCCCCACCCAGUCGGCUCCUUCAGCCAGAACAUCUCCAUCUAUUUCAACAUUCGCUGGAUGGAUAUCAGCAAGAUGCCGCGCGUGUAUAACGACACAGACCUAGGUCUGCAGAUCAAGCGCGAAUCAGGCGACAUACCGCAUAUCAACCGGAAGGUUCCUAUCGAUUUGCAUCUUUUGGAGGUUCGGCAUGGCGUUUGUCUCGAUCGGGAGCCUUGUGCUGCUGGACCGCUUAGAGAGCAUGUUGCUGUUGAGUUGGCUGAGCGGGCUGAGAGGAUCUUUCGAGGGAGAGGUGGGAAUGUUGGACGGUUGACUGCUGUUGGGUUCUUUUUGGCAUUUUUGUCGGUGCUUCUGGAGACGGUGGGAGGAAAUUGGGAUGUGUCUUUGGAUAGGCUGGAUGAGACUCUGGUUACGAGUUUGAGUGAGCUCAAACGAAGCAGGAGGCAAGAUCUUAUGUUUGACAAUGAUCAGUUCUCCAAGUCGGAUCAGUAUUUUACUGCUUUGCAAGUGCUUCGCAUUUGCAGUGAUUGGAUUAAACAGGUUAAUCAAGGGCUGAAGACUUUACAUAGUCAGAUUGAUAUAUCGAAAGCAAGCUUGGACGAUGAUAGUGAUGAUGAUACCAAUGCACAUACGGCCCAAGACAAAGAAGAGGAGAAGAAACGACUGGACGACAUGUUUUCUAUUGUAAUGGCCGAGAACGAGGCGAGGUCUCGACCGCUGCUGGACCGCAUUGAAAGAAAAGUCGAAGAAGUCAAAAGCCUUCGCGAUGGUCUCUUCAAUGCCACUUCUGUUCGAGAAGCCUCGAAAGGAACGAGCCUUGCGGAGAUGAGCGGGCGACAAAAUCAGUAUAUUCUUGUCUUCACCAUUGCCACUGUGGUUUAUCUGCCCAUGAGCUUUGUGACGUCUUUCUACGGCAUGCACCUCUUUGAUCAGAGUGACAGCUCAUCCACUUCCCAAGCACCAUUUAUCGCUACUUUUGUGGUGCUAUCGCUGGCGACCUAUAUCCUAGCAGCCAGCGGGCUUUGGUUCGUCAAGGAUAGAGCAGAAAACAAGUCAAUCAGAAGAGAGAGUUCCUGUCCUGAUGAGAAGGGAAAGCAGCAUCCAAUACUGUUUGGUCUGCCGUCUCACAAAAGAUCGGAUUCAGUCGUUUAA